AUGACACUGAUUGAGAACAGUCUCACAAACUUCUCUCUGAACAACAUCAAUAACAUGUUCAACUGUCGUCAUCCAAAGAGCCAAGUAUCACCUUAUCUUCUUUGGCCGUUUAGUAACAAAGCAAUUAUAUGCAAUUUUUCCGACUGUAUGAUGUUUUUAUUUCUAUCCUUACCUGCAGCCUUUGGCAAUAUAAUGGUUUGCCGGCUUUACUGUCCGUGA